UCGAAAAUAAGGUCAAGGGUCAAAAAGCACAACUAAACAAGAGGAGCGCGGUGAACUGAACUGCCCAAUAUUGUAAGAAAUAAAGCGUUCAUUUAUUCCCUAGAGAUCUGUGAUAUCUUCACCAAGGUAUACCAAUGAUGACCUCAUCAAUACCAGGCGUAAAUUUAAGCACUUUAGCCUCAAGCAGCGCUCCAAGUUUGCAGGAGUUUGUUCUUCAAGGUAGUGUUGUUGACUCUGCUUGCGAGGCGAUGCGCCAUCGUUUGCGAGCCCUGUGUGAUAACGUGGAUCGUGCACCGGAGACAUUCCAUGACCAUGAACUGGUGUAUUUAUUGCGGACAAGUGGUCCAGGAAAUCCUGUAGUACUACGAGCGAGACAUGCUCUAGACCAGCCCAAUAUGCCGUGGCAGUUGCGUUACAUUGGUCAACCGGAUAUAAGCGAUAAGAGUAGACUUGUAACAGUCCGUAGUUAUCUCGACUGUUCGACAUCAGAACAUCUUCCUCAUUUUCUGACAGAUAUCGGUUUCAGGUUAGAUCACGAAUUUGUUGCCAAAGGUCACAUGUUCAGGAAAGGAAAAAUGAAGGUCACUGUCUCCAAAAUCUUUAAGAUCUUGACACCAGGCAACCUUGACGCUUUGGAACCCCUCUCUGUAUCACAUCUUGUGGAACUCAGUAUUAUUGCUCCUUCUGGAACGGAUGGAAUUGGAGAAGACAUGAGAGCAUUUUCAGAGCAGCUUCGACCACUGGUCAGCAUGGAAAAACUAUGAUUUCCACUGUAGGCUUGACCUUUCUUAAGAGGUAGGUCACAGGUCAGAAUCAAGGGUCGUAGAGUUUGCUGAUGGCAGGCAAGGUCCUACAGUGUUGGUGGCUGAUUGGAUCAAGCCUUCGAAAGUCUGUUGUCCAGAUGUCAACAAAAUGAUGACAGGACUGACCCUGGCUGGGUCCAUGAGUUGCACUCGGCAAAGAAGCAGGAAGUGCUACGGACGUUUUUGCAUCAGGAAGAUGGACUUGUGCAUUUCCAUUCAUCAGGUUACCUGCCACCAUAUCAAUUUUAACCAAUGAAACCAACUUGGCAAGCUUGGCAGUUUGUUGGCCAAGACUGCUGCGCUGUGGAGAAAGGUCCUCCUAAGCUAGCAUCUGAUCUUUUUCUCACAAACUCUCAGCUAUCAUCUAAAAUACAAAAUCCUUUAAUAUUUACUCUUUACAGAGAGUUUUGAUUAGUGAGUCCUAACUUCUUUUUGCUCAGUUGGUGCAUGUAGCUCUUUUCCUGAAGUGUGAACAAUCGACACCUUGAAGCAUGGGCAUCACUAGGGGGGGGGGCAAAGCACUCAUCAGCAGCAAUUGGCAAAUCAUUAACAGUGGAAAGGGGUUAAAUCUGAGGUACUUUCAAGCAAAUUGGUGAUUUUUAAUCCAUCUUUACUCCUUUUGUCUUGCCUUUUCUGUCUUUUUCCCCUUUUUAUUUGUCAUUUUUUGGGGAGGGGAUGUGGUAUGAGCCCCCCUUGCCAGUGUCUUAAAGCAUUGAAAUGAAAUAAUAGACAAGCAUUGUUGGACUGUGGAAGUAAAAUUACCUGGUUUGGGCGUAACUCUUCCCUCAUCCCCAACCAAACUCCGCCCCUAAUCCCACCCAGGUACUACCCAUUAAGAAGCAAUAUGAUGAUGCUACAUGUAAUUCACAGUUAGAUUGUAGGGGCUAUGAGGAUGGAUGACAGAGUAACUUGUGGAUUCAUUGUUUUGCUCUUAUUAGAAUAAAUUUAUUUGCAGUAAUAUGAAUGUAGUAUUAAUAGUAAAGCUCUUAUGAAGGAAAGGAAAGUACGGUGGUUUGGAGGAAGCCUUUGUUGCUAUUUUAUCCGAUGAGUGAAACUGAUUUCGAGCUUGUGUAUUUCCUGUACAUGUAUAUUUUAUUUAAGUUUCCAAAUUACUUUCGGUUUCAGUUAAGCAUGUCUAUAAAAAAAUCUGACAUCACGGUGUAUUAUUGUAUGUCUAAUGAUUUUCAAGACACUGAAGUGAUUAGAAAGAAUGGCUUUGCAGAAGUUCAUCAUGGCAAGUUGAAAGUAAAUGACAGUUUGUCUAAUUCUUGGUGGUCAGUUUAA